AUGGAUUCUGCAAAGCCCAAUGGAAAGGCUAACUGUAAAGUAGCGAGAUCACCACUUGUUUACAAGCCACAUGUAUACCACCCAUAUAUCAAAAAUCUUUCGAUUGGAGGUGGGUUUAUGGUAUUGGGAGAGAUUUGUGCACAGUCUAUCAAAAUGUGGUAUGAAAGCCCUCCCUCUCAUCCUGAAGAGAAAAAUCUUAGUGGCAAGAUUUCAAUCACAGUAACCCAAGAAGCCAGAAAACCAUGGAGAGAUAUUGUUGCCAAUUACGAACUUAAUAAGAUAGCUAGACAAGGUGCUAUUGGAUCGUUCCAAGGGUUUUAUCAAUAUAUUUAUUACAGUUGGUUGGAUAAAGUGUUUGUUGGUGCUUCAUUCAAAGUAGUUGCAAAGAAAGUGUUUUUGGAUGAAGUAUUUUUAGGACCGAUAAGUUUGUUGAUAUUUUUCUUCUAUAAUGGUUUUUGUGAUACGUAUACAAUGUCUGGUGCUCUUGAACGCUGUCGUCAAUCAUUCAUUCCAAGUUAUGUGGCAGACUUAGCUUUCUGGCCUAUUUUGCAAACUAUCAAUUUCGCUCUCGUACCUCCCGCUUAUCGUGUUCUGUAUGUGGCGUUUUUUACAAGUAUAUGGGACACCUAUUUGUGCUUCUUGAAUACUCGCGUGGGUGAGGAGAAACAUAAAUCAGAAGAUCAACUAAAAUCGUGA